UUAUUGUGCCAUACAAGAUACCUGCUGAUCAGCUUAUGACAAAUGCACUCCGGCCUACGGAGAUCCCAAUCACUCGAGCCAUAAAAGCUGCCAUGAAGGCUCCAUGCCCUGGUACUCUUCUGCGCUAAGGCUAUCUUACGGCACACUCUCAUGAUGAGUCUUCCACCUCCUGUCGCCAACCAAGCUUUCUGCGACGUAUCCGCACUCGAAGCAGGCUACGUCAAGGCACCCCUCGCGUGGAUCCUGGCCGAUGUGGGCGACGACGAGUCCAUCACCGUACCCGCCCUCUCCUUCCUCGUCCGCCACCACUCCAACAGCGACAUCAUCCUGUUAGACCUGGGUCUCCGCAAAGGGUGGCGUGAGCUGCCGCCCGGCUUCGUGAGCUACAUCACCGACAAGCUCCAUUUCGAGCCCAGCGUCCAGCAAGACGUCGCCGACUCGCUCGCUCAGGGUAGCACGAAGCCCUCCGACAUCAAGCGCGUCUUCAUCUCCCACCUCCACUUCGACCACUACGGCGACGCCGCCCUCUUCCCGACCUCGCGCUUCUUCGUGGGCGCGGGCGGUCGCGCCCUCGUCGCCAACGCGUACCCCAAGAACCCGAGCUCGGGCCUCCCUGCGGACGUCGUCCCCGAGGACCGCACGACGUACCUCGACCCCGAGGAGUGGCCGCCCAUCGGGCCCUUCCCGCACGCGCUCGAUUUCUACGGCGACGGCAGCCUCUACGUCGUCGAUGCGGGCCACGGCCACGUCCCGGGCCACAUCAACCUCCUCGUCCGCACGUCCGCGGACGGAGGAUGGGUCUACCUCGCGGGCGACAGCGCGCACCAUUGGAGCCUCCUGACGGGGAAGGGCAAGAUCGGCCAUCAUGCCCACUUUGGGUGUGCUCAUGCGAACGCGGAGGAGGCAGAGAAGCAUAUCGAACGGAUCAAGGCGUUGAUCGAGGAGAACCCCAGGGUGCGGGUGCUCCUGGCGCACGAUGAGCCUUGGUUUAACGCGAACAAGGGCGGACCUGCGUUCUGGCCUGGAAAGAUCGAGACGUUGUGAUUCACUGGCACCCUCGAGAUGUACACCUUUGAAUUGCGAAACGCUCUCAUACUGGACGAUGUACUGACACGCUGCUUCGAUUUACAAGUAGCGGCUGCGUCGCUCGCCAACAUGUACUUGAACACCGUACAGUAUCAUCGAUUCUGAUAAAUGAU